AUGGCGGCGGAUCCGUUUAUCCGCGCGUACUUCUCGCCGUCGAUAUCAGGCAUGAUCGGAGAGUUUCGAGAUAGGUAUCACUCGGACAUGCAUAGGAUGCUGAAGCUGCAGUACCUACAACGUCUCCCACGGAACGUUUAUUCCCACGAAGAAUAUGCUGCUAACGUCGCGGUGCUGGACGCGUGGUUGCUCGAGAACGGCUUGACGCGGCUGAAUCGGCUCUUGGACUGCAUUGAAGACGCGCAUGGCAUUGUGCUGCUGUACGCCGCAUACUCCGGUCGCAUGGACGUCGUCGAGUGUGCCUUUGGAUGUGUCGUAGUGACUCCGGCCAUGAUGCUGCUGUUAAUCGAUGUGGCGGCAUGGCGCAACCAUCGGCAUGCGAUGGACAGGGCGGCGACGAAUGGCCACUUCGACGUUGUGCGGUGGUUGCAUGGUCAUGGUUUUGAAGCGGCACUGCCUGUCAUAGAGGGUGCCGCCACGAACGGCCACUUGGAUGUUGUCCAGUGGCUGCACAAGCACCUCAAGAACGGCUGUACGAUUCAGCUCGAUGGAUAG